AUGGUGUCAUCGGUGAGUGAGGAGGCAACAAUAGAGUUAGUGAGCUCAGUAAGAGGUUCACAAUCAAUAAGGGGUGAGGCUCUGAUAGAGAAAUUUGUCGAUAUCUAUGCCACGACAUCUAAGCAAAUCCCACAAAUCCAUAGAGAUAUAAAAAAGCGCUUGGGACCAAGUCCUCCAAAGGUUCAUGUUUCACAUCUUUUAGUGAAAAAGACCAAACAAUCAGUGAAGAAACGGUUGGAACCUGCUCCUCCGACGGUUCAUCGUCCUCUCCAUUGGCUAAAUAAUAUUCAACCAUACAAGUUGCCAAGAAUUCAAGAUGGUUCUGAUCGAAGUCUUCAUGAUCAAGGGGGUGACCGCUCUGAAGGUAAUGUCACUCCUCCAAAAACUGAGCCAUUUGAAAUCUCUGAGGACUUUAAGCAUAUGGUGCAUAGUGCCUUUUUCAAGUUUGUGAAUCAGUUGAACGAGAAUAUUAGUCAAAGGAGAAGACUAAUGGAGCAAGGAAAAGGUGGUAGUUUAAGGUGCAGCAUAUGUGGUAGGUCGUCUUCUACAUUACGACAUGUUUUCAUAGUUGCAACAAUUUUUUCUGACAUUGUUUGA